AUGAACUUGUGGCCAUUCCCAAGUGAAGUGGAGUGUUGGCUACGAAGUGUACUGGCAUUGAAAGGUGCUCUCCAUCUCGUUGUCACCAUUGAACGACCGUCGAUAAACGGAUUCACGCUGCCAUCUGCACGAGAGGACGAGGUGGGUGGUAGUACGGUGGUAGCCGAGGGUGUCGUAGGUGGCAUAAGGGGCCCAGGCGGCGGGUGCCGCGCAUCCUCGAUGACGAUGGCCGAGAGCGCCGUGGAGGACGCCGCAGCCGCGCCCCCGGGCCCGGCCAAGCCGCCACCACCCUCCUGUACAAACAACAACACCCUCGCGGCGACGGCCAACCGCAACCACCGGAACCCCCGCAAGAAACGAAGACGGUUGGAACAAGUAGUGGACACAUUGCAGGCCCAUCGCAGUUCACCAUCCGAAGGCGAGGUGUUGAAAUUCGAAGGCAGCGGCCCUGUGUCCGAGGAGGAAGAUGUCUUCGGCUCGCCCAGAUCGUCGUCCUCGCGAUCCGCUGUGGAUACCACCGCCGUGAUUGGCCAACUACCAUUGAGGUUAAAAGAUGCGGAAGCAGUGAUGUCAACCGAAGAGGAGUUCAACGAAAUCAGUCAGCAGUAUCACCAUCAUCCCCACCGACCAUACCGAUAUUCGUAUCAUCAACAUCACCAUCAUCGACAUCGUUACUCGCCCUAUCAGAACAACCACCGAUUGUCGGCGACCAAGUACUCGGACUGUAUGUGCAGCCAGUGCUCACAAUCGCUGGCUGCGUCGGCAGCGAUGAUGUCGGCGACCUCUCUGCAGACACCGCUGUCGCGAACCAGCUUCACGUACAGCAGUAUAUGCGGCACGUAUAGCAUAUUCGAGCAGUACAUGCAUACCAAGUACCUGUCGUCGUCGUCACCAGGCGACACCUUCCGCGGACGCAGUCACUCCGAUUCAGAUGUUGUGCCCAAGUGGGACGAAACGCGGGUACCAGCCGCGACCACUUCCUUUUCCUCUGUCGUCAAUCAUCCUCCGCGAAGUAGCUCUCUCGAGAGUGAUGGUACAAGUCCUCAAGAAUCGCCGUUGGAUCUCUCUAUGAAGAAUCUGAUGCUACAGUCCACCGCGGCUGCUUCGGCAGCCUCCAGCAGGUCACCGUCUCUUCAGUUGCUACCGUCUGGCAUCGUAACGCGGGGUUCCGUCAGCGUGCCCGUAGUCAGGGGCGAUGUCGCAUCACCCACGACAAAAGAAAGCGUUGCAGUACGGUAUAAUUUGGAGGUUCUACCCGUCGUUGAGGAAAUGGCGCCGGGCGCGGACGUGGCUUACGUCUGUCCAGAGUGCGGACAGAUGUUCAGUCUGCAUGAUCGUCUGGCAAAGCACAUGGCAUCCAGACAUCGUCGACAAGGUCUCCAUGAUGCCUCGGCGAAAGCAUACCUCUGCGACGUGUGUCAGAGGAGUUUUGCGAGGUCGGACAUGUUGACCAGGCAUAUGAGACUGCACACCGGCGUCAAACCGUACACAUGCCGGACUUGCCGACAGGUGUUCAGCAGAUCUGAUCACCUCAGCACCCACCAACGAACUCAUACCGGCGAGAAGCCGUAUAAGUGCCCGCAGUGUGCCUAUGCAGCCUGUCGCAGGGAUAUGAUCACCAGGCAUCUAAAAACCCACAAUCGGUGCGCGGACGGUCCUAUCCCCAAGACCGAACCCGGUCUACUCGCUGGUGAGGAAUGUCCCACUUUCGACCAAAACGUGACAGGGACGCCAUCGGCAGUUAUUAAAGCUGAAUGACAACGAUCGGUCGGAUGACCCUGGUUGCACUCUAGCUCCAAAACUCAGCGAGGACAUCGCGAUAGGAUCGAUCGAGGAUCCUCAGGAACCUUCGCGGGUCGAUCAGGACUUCGUGGGAACAUGUUGAGAGAGCGAAAUCACCGCUCGACAACCUUCAUGACAUUAGCCAAGCGUUAGAAAAAAAUCGAUACUUGAAGAGAUCGCGGAUCUUGAUGGAAUAAGAGAAUCGACGAGAGGCAAGAUUUGUUUUGUUGUCGUAAUUCGAUUUCGCAAGAAUUCCGACGGACACUAAUCAGAGUCUGUGAUCGAGCUUGAACUUCUGAGACGACUAUUUUGAAAGAGAUUGCAGCUAGACGCGUUAAUUUCAUUCUUUCGCUGCACUUUGAAGUUCCUACAGAAAAGUUUAUAAUAUAACCACAUCAAUAUAUUUAAAAAAUUUGUUAAUAGAUUUAUGCAAAUCUAACGAUUAUUUCUUCUCUUUUCUCUUUAAUUUAUGAUAUUAAAAAAAUUGGAAAAUACAUUAACAGUGUGCAUGUAACUUUUUCUACAAAGUGACUUUUUUUUGCUUCAAAAUUAUUGCAACGUUUCGCAAUCUUUUACUAUAUUUGCAAACUUGAAAUCUCCCUUAUGCACUCUGCUCAGCGAAAGAGUUAAAUUCGCAGUCGAAAGCAGCAUGGAGAGCUGAAUAAUAAAAAUGAACUUCGCUCCCGUGAGUAUUAUAUUGUAUUUAUCAAAAAAUAAAUUAUUUUUUGUUUAACGAUUUUUUUUACGGAUUGCCUAAAAAUUAUCAUCUUUCACGCGUCACACGCGAUCGCGCGCGUUAACAGCGAACAAUGCCGAACAGUAUUAUCGUACUUCUUCGCCCUCCGCAUCUGAUUCUGUUUCCGCGAUUCGAGUUUUAUUCUUCCUAAUGUUUCAUCGCGACACACAAUAUCGUGACUACAACUUCGGCCAAGGAACAGUCCGAGAGUAAUCUAUUUGCAUGCGUAAUAAAUUAUUAAUUUAUCAAUAAACUUAUUUCUCGUCUCAUUUGCAAUUAUUAUUUGCAUAACAUAUAUCUUUA